CAUUGUUCUCACUGAUCGUUUGUUCAUCGAGAGAUUAUGGUGUGCUCACUCUCGUCCAUUUCUGUGAGAAAAAUUGUGAAGAUUUGUGCUUGUCCAGUUAGCGUGUUUUUGUAAAAGAAGAAAUAAAAGAAAGAAAUUAUUGAGGGGUUCGAAGAUAUGCCGUCUCCUUUAUCAACCGUAGAUCAGACGAAUGUCAAUGCAGCGUUGCCAAUCGAACUAACGAAUACUACAGGGACGUAUCUCCACCACAUGAACGAAGAUUGUCUUCUACAAAUAUUUUCCAGCGAUUCAUUGACUCCGACGGAUCUGUGUUCACUGGCAGAAACUUGUACACGUUUUCAACAAAUAACCCAGCGUGUGUUUCCGAAGGGAUUCAGUAUUGAAAGAAAUCACUAUUGUUGCGAUCACAGCUACAUGGACGAAGAUCGAUGCCAAUACCGAUUCAAAUCGGGCACCCAGUCGAUAUGUUAUGAAAAUGCGGAGGAUGUUGAACGAAUUUUGAAGAAUUUCGGACCGCACCUUUCCACGCUUUUGAUAAGCUGCGACGAGACUGUAGCGAAUUUGGUAGCAAAGUAUUGCGACGACAUCUCGUUAAAUGAUCUCAGAAUUGAAGACAUCCGGAGUAUUGAAUGCCUGAGCGUGAAACUAAAACCAAUCUUUCAACGCCUUCUGACACUGGUCAUUGUUGGUUGUCACCUCGUUAUAGAUGCUACAACUUUAGAGCUCAAUUGUGAUUCAUUGAUUGAAUUGAUAAUCGUGAGUUCGACCGGUUGCGGUGCAAUUCUGAGCAACACCUUCCCUAAUCUGGAUCGAUUCACUUUUCGUCAUUCUGAUGUCUAUAGUGCAAAUGAAAGCAGCGACCUUUUGUCCGCAUUCAUCGGCCGCCAUAGACGCUUAAGAGCUCUCAAAGUCUCAGUAGCAUCCUGCACCAGCGAUCUUUUACAUACAAUCGGUAAGAGUUGCAAUGAAUUGGAGAAUCUAAAUUUUAAAGGUUGGAACUAUAACGGGUUUUCGUACUUUUCGGACUUUUCCGGUCUAGCAAAAUUAAAGAAGUUAACGGUUACUUUCUCAUCAUUAGAAUACAGUCUGAACAUUGCCCUUUUGCAGGCACCAAAAUUGCUAGAAACGGUCAAAGUUUGUUGCAUGUGUGAAGGUCAGGUUCAAGUUUUUGAUAUCCUAUCGAAGAUGGGGAAUUUGCGUGCAUUACAUUUGAACUGCUGUAGAUUCGAUCAGAGUGCUAUUCCCUGGAAAAUGUUAAAACAAUUGAGGAAGUUGUCGUUUGCCGAUUGUAGUAAUUUUUAUCAUACCGAACUUUUCAAUGUACUGAGGGAGUUGCCAAAUUUAGAAGAAUUAAAAUUUUAUUAUUUUGUUUUGAAAGCAGCAGAGUUUGCUAAAAUUGUUAAAAUGCUUGAAGGUAGGAGCAAUGUGCUAACACUAAGAUGUAUGUUCGACAUUAGUUGUUUGAAGUAUUGUACCGAAAACCGAAACGUAAAAUUAAUAAAUUUGGGUGCUCCAUAAGAAA